UAGCUUGCUUGAUUGAUCUCGUCCAAACCCAGAUCGGAGCUGAUCUCACGCUAGGAACGCCACUCAUCCGACACGCUCUCCACUAGACAGUGCAGGUCGGGCUCGUCGGGGUUCUGCCGGAGCACCGAUCUUUUCAUAUUGAUCCGCCUCUCUCCCCUCUGGUCGUCUCCUCCGUCGGCGCGGCACUGAAGCAAGGCCGAGCGGACACGUUCUGCUUCGGUGGCGAGGUGAGCUGUGCUUGUGCUUCGCUUCCUUUGGCGAUCGCAUGCCUUGCUCGUCGAUUGCUCUUUUUUUAUGUCAAAAAUGGAAGAGAGGACCCGGCGGUCUAGAUUGUACUAGCAAAGUUCUUAAAUAAAGAAACGCAAAAAAGGACUUCAGCUGUGAGCACUUGCUCUCCUGUUCAGCCUUGGCCAUGGAAAUCGCCUGCACAGACCUCACCCAUGUCUUGCGCUCGGAACGGCGGUUCAAGUACACCGGGUAUAGCAAGAGCUUUCACAUGCCGGGCAGGGACAAACACAUCAAACGCAGAUGGAAUUUCGGUGGGCAUGACUGGGAAAUCCGUGUAUAUCCGCAUGGCGGUGAGCCAUCGGCUCCCUCCUGGGUGGCAAUCAAUGUUGUCCUUCUCAGCGAGUGCGCUGUGGCUGUGGUGACGACUAUACGUGGUUGCUUGGUUGACCCGGAGGGAGUUCGUGAACCAUCCGAGGAAAUUUGUCAGUCAGUAGCAUUCAGGAAACCCCAAGAUAAAUCAUCUCAAAUGCUUCUCAUGCCAUGGUAUACCCUGAAUAAAUCGCGUUAUCUCAAGGAUGAUUCUUUCAUUGUGCAAUGCACCCUUGAAGUUCUCAAGGAGCUGCCAGAUAUACCAGAACCAGAAGUGCAUGUGCCAUUGCCAACCUCUAACCUGCACCAGCACUUCGCUGAACUCCUGCAGAGCCAGAUGGGAGCGGACGUCACAUUUCUCGUGUCCGGUGAGUCCUUUGCUGCGCACAAGUACAUACUCGCGGUCAGGUCCCGUGUCUUUAAGGCCGCGUUCCUUGGUGACAUGAUUGAGAGGGGCUCGGAAUGCGUGGAGAUUAAGGACAUGGAGGCCGUGGUAUUCAAGGCGUUGCUCCACUUCAUCUACACCGACACUGUGCUAGAAUUCGAACAGCAGGAGGGUGCAGAGGCCAUGAUUACCGACACCGUGCCAGAAUCCGGACAACGGGAUGAGGCGCAUGAGCAGGCGGCAUCUGUGAUGGCUCUUGCUCAACAUCUACUUGCUGCUGCUGACAGGUAUGGGCUGGACAGGCUCAAGCUCAUCUGCGCCAGCAAGCUCUAUGAUGGCAUCAAAGUGGACACAGCAGCGACAACUCUGGCUUUAGCCGAGCAGUACAACUGCUGGGAGCUCCAGAAGAGGUGUGCUGAUUUCAUUACCAAAACUUAUGCCCGGAACUCAUCUCUUGAUGCUGUGGCGGCGACGGAGGGGACCUCUGGUCGUGAUUGAUCUUCUCAGGUCUACGUGUGGGAUAACAACGGGGCAUAUAUUUUAUGGUCCAUGGUAUUAUUGUAUCUGUUUGAGCUUGCCGGGCAUGCUUGUCUACUAUGUGCUGAUAAAAAUGGUUGUAUCUAGACUUAUUUUAGUUAUAGACACAUCCAUUUUUAACCAUUUCUAGGACAAGUAUUUCCGGACGGAGGGAGUAUCUGUUUGAGCUUGCCGGGCAUGCUUGUCUACUACGUACUUUAUGCCUGUCUUUCAAUAAA